GUCGCUGCAGCCUCCCCGCGCACUCACAGCGGGGCACCGGGGACGGCGGAUGGAUCCGACCCUCGACUUUCAGCGUGACGUCUUCGGUGUGAAAGACAUCACAGCUUCUGGAUUCUGUCCGCCUCGCGUCUGUGAGUCACUGUGGACCCUCGGCGUCUCCCCUUGGAUGCACGAAGAAUAAGGAAGGUGUCGUCCGUGUCGUGAGCCCCAGUCGAUGGAUUCAUCACCUUUAACACAAGGAUAUUUUAGCCAGACUUCGUGAAGCAUGGGCGACUGGAGCUCUCUGGGCCGCCUGCUGGAGAACGCUCAGGAGCACUCGACGGUGGUCGGCAAGGUGUGGCUGACGGUCCUCUUCAUCUUCAGGAUCCUGGUGCUGGGCGCGGCGGCCGAGGAGGUGUGGGGCGACGAGCAGUCCGACUUCACCUGCAACACGCAGCAGCCCGGCUGCGAGAACGUCUGCUACGACGAGGCCUUCCCCAUCUCGCACAUCCGCUUCUGGGUGCUGCAGAUCAUCUUCGUGUCCACGCCCACCCUCAUCUACCUGGGCCACGUGCUGCACAUCGUCCGCAUGGAGGAGAAGCGCAAGGAGAAGGAGGAGGACGCGCGCAAGGCCAGCAGGAUCCGAGAGGAGAAAGAACUCCUUUGUAGGAACGGUGCGGACUCGGGAGGAGGCGGGGGACGGGGCGCCAAGAAGGAGAAGCCGCCAAUCAGGGACGAGCACGGCAAGAUCCGCAUCCGGGGCGCGUUGCUGCGCACCUACGUGUUGAACAUCAUCUUCAAGACCCUGUUUGAGGUGGGCUUCAUCCUGGGGCAGUACUUCCUGUACGGCUUCCAGCUCAGGCCGCUGUACAAGUGCGCCCGCUGGCCGUGCCCCAACGCGGUGGACUGCUUCAUAUCCCGGCCCACCGAGAAGACCAUCUUCAUCGUGUUCAUGCUGGUGGUGGCCUGCGUGUCUCUCCUGCUGAACUUGUUGGAGAUCUAUCACCUGGGCUGGAAGAAGGUCAAGCAGGGCAUGAGCAGCGAGUCCCCGCCCCUCCACGAGUCGCCGCGCCGCGUCAACCUCGCGCAGCCCGAGUGCUCCCGGACUGCCCCCCGCGGCCUCGGCCGCCCCCCCGACUACACGGACGUGACGGCGGGCAGCGCCGCCUUCCUGCCGCCCGCGGGCCUGGCGGCGGCGGCGGAGUUCAAGGCGGGCGGACUCCGGCGGGAGGAGCCGCUCCGCCGCCCCCCCACCUCCGCCCACUACUACGUCAGCAGCAACAACAACAACCACCACCGGCUGGCCACGCAGCAGAACUGGGCCAACCUGGCCACCGAGCAGCAGACCCGGGAGAUGAAGGCCGCCGCCGCCGCCGCCCCCUCCUCCUCGUCCUCCAGCAGCAGCGGCAAAGAGCGGCAGCAGCGGCCCGUGGAUGCCGCGGCGCCCCCCCCCAGCAGCAACGUCUGCAGCAACGUCGACUCCACCGCCGCCGCCUCCAGCAGCAGCAGCAGCAGCAGCAUCGCGUCCAGCGCGGGCAGCUGGAGGGGGGGCAAGAGCGGGCAGGAGGAAGGUCACGCCACCACACCCUCCACCACCACCGUGGAGAUGCACGAGCCCCCGCUGACCGACCAUCGGCGGCUCAGCCGGGCCAGCACCAGCAGCGUCAGGGCGAGGCCGAGCGACCUGGCCGUCUGAAUCUCUUCAGCCCCCGUCGCCCCCCCCGAGAGCAGAACAACAAACGGUUCACGUGAGAAUAAGUUGUUGGUUCUCGGCAAUCAGCGAGUUGCCGAGUAGUUUUUACUUCUUUUUUUCGGAUGGUCUUAAUUUACGCACAGAAACGUGAUGACGCAGACUACGCUGGCCGGGAGGCUCCGCCCACAAACGCGGGGCAGCGUGGGACGUCGUGACGUCCCAACGUAGAUCCUCGGAAGGGGAAAGAUCUCUACUUUUAUUCUUUUACUCUUUGUUGAGCCUGAAGGACAAAUUACGACAACCGGAAUGUCAAAGAAACAUGGCCGGAUGUUUGGUAUUUUACCUGGACUGCGGUCAGCCGGCAUCAUUUCCACCUUGAAGGUCUUUAGCGCUUCCUGAACCUCGAACCAACAAACACCCGGGAAGCAACGCCGCGACUCCCUGACACACCAACGCUUGUUUGUUUUUUUUACCCAUAAGCCACCGCGGCGCUUCAGGCAGAGACUAUAAAGGUUGAGACGAAUGGAUCAAUGGACUGAGGUUAAAAAAACUGCAAGUGGGGGUCGUUCCUGUGAAACCCAGAAUGCACCUGGGUCUCUAGGCGCGCCGCUCUGUCAACAACACUAGAGACUAGAAAUGAACCCUCAAACAACAUGGCUGCCGUCUGACAUAAAGAAUAACAAUAUUCUCCUUGUCCAUUGGUAUCAUUUUUUCAAAGAUUAUUUUAUUUUUGCCCUCAAACGUUCUAGUGGAUUUUCCCCGUGAUAUUUUUUUAAUAGAAUUUUACCGAUGAAUUGUCAGUUAGUAAUUUGCUACGAGUGAGGCCAGAAGAGAAGAUGGCGGUCAGCUUCUUCCUUUGUUGUUGUGCUCAUCUGGCUUCAUCUUAGAGAUCUUCAGGAAGCUGAACUUUGAACUGAAUUCAUCAGCAGGUCCUCCUUUCUCCUUCCGCAUUAUUCACAACCACUAAUGUUUGUGUAUAUUAUAUAACGAUUCGUAUCCAGCCGUUAACGUGCAGCCCACCGGAUCAGUACCUGCACCCGGGGGUCUGCUUUCUGUGAUGGAGGGGGCCAGGGCUACAACACGGGGGCCCCCGUAGGCUGUGAGAGAAUCCACCAUGUCUCUCUCCAUCUCACCGGAGCUGCUGUAACGGCAUGCCGAAGGUUUGCAUUUGGAUAGCUGGUAAAGAUUUGCACAGCUGUUCCACAACAAGAAGCUCAGUUCAGGGAAAAGAGGCAGAAGCGAGACGGAAAGAAACAGUGUUUUUCUGUGUGUCCACUCAGUUGUUCUCACCGCUAAUCCCCCCGGCCCCCCCUCACAGGAAGCAUCCCACUCCGAGCAGCAGCCCGUCUUAAACAAGAGAAGUGCCUUGUGUAUGAAUGAUUCAUUUGUGACAGCAAGUUGAUGUAAAUGUUCAUUUACCUCAAAACUGUUAAAUAAAUAAACCUUUUGUAACAUA